AGUCGAUCAGUUGCUGGCGUGUGCUCUAACCCUGCGGGUGUGUGUGAUCGAGAACAAGAGGACGGGUGCGAGGACGAAAUCGGAAUUUAAAUCGAAAUUAAUUCAGUGUCAUUUCUUAUCCGUAUCCUUUCUGGCCAUGCGCAGGCGCAAAGUGCAGAAUCAUUUCCAUAGUGUACAGUGUGCGAAAUAAUUAAAACUCAAGUGGCCACGAGCCCCCGAACCGACAAAACAUUUCAAGUGUCACAAACCCACACAGAACAAGCCUCGAUUUAAGUAUUUGCGUGCGAGAUUCGUGGAAUUCCGAGAAGGAGCGACGCGGAACGGUCGAUUAUUGGGCCAUCAUCAGCAGCAAGGAGCCGCAAAAUGGAUUUAUCGAGGCGGUUGUGUGCAACUGCCUUGAUAGCAUUCAUUGUACUGGCUGGCAUACCCGACUCCCACAGUAGAUUUCCUGGACUGAGACAGAAAAGACAAUAUGGCGCCAAUAUGUAUUUGCCGGACAGCUCCGUGACGCCGGGCGGCGAGGGUGACGAUCCCAAUGAGUGGACGGAAUGGAGCUCGCCCUCGGACUGCUCCCGCACAUGUGGCGGCGGUGUGUCCUACCAGACGCGCGAAUGCCUGCGCCGAGACUACAACGGCGAGGCAGAGUGCAGCGGCGGCAGUCGGCGCUACUAUUCGUGCAACACGCAGGACUGUCCGGAGGAGGAUCCCGACUUCAGGGCGCUGCAGUGCUCGCGCUUCGACGACCAGCGGUUCGACGGGGCCACCUACGAGUGGGUGCCCUACCUGGGCGCACCCAAUCCGUGCGAGCUGAACUGCAUGCCCAAGGGCGAGCGCUUCUACUUCCGGCAGAAGGAGAAGGUCGUCGACGGCACCCGCUGCAACGACAAGGAGCUGGACGUGUGCGUCAAUGGCCAGUGCAUGCCCGUCGGCUGCGACAUGAUGCUGGGCAGCGACGCCAAGGAGGACAAGUGCCGCAAGUGCGGCGGCGAUGGCAGCACCUGCAAGACCAUCCACAACACCUACAGCUCCAGCGAUCUGGCCCCCGGCUACAACGAUCUGCUGCUGGUGCCCCAAGGCGCCACCAACAUCAAGAUCCUGGAAACUUCGCCCUCGAACAACUAUCUGGCCUGCCGCAACCUCUCCGGCCACUACCAUCUGAACGGCAACUGGCGCAUCGACUUCCCCCGGCCCAUGUACUACGCGGACUCGUGGUGGAACUACCAGCGCAAGCCCAUGGGCUUUGCCGCGCCCGAUCAGCUCUCCUGCCCCGGACCCAUCUCCGAGAGCAUCUUCAUCGUGAUGCUGGUGCAGGAGCGCAACGUGAGCAUCGACUACGAGUACAGCAUUCCGGAGUCCCUGAGCCACAGCCAGCCGGACUCGCACACGUGGACGCACCGCGAGUUCGGGCCCUGCAGCGCCUCCUGCGGCGGCGGCACGCAGUCGCGCAAGGUCACGUGCAACAACCGCGUCAACCUGCAGGAGGUCGAUGCGGCCCUCUGCGAGAAGGAGUCCAAGCCCGACGAGGAGCAGGCCUGCGGCACAGAGCCCUGCGCCCCCCACUGGGUGGAGGGCGAGUGGGGCAAGUGCUCCAAGGGCUGCGGCUCGGAUGGCUUCCAGAAUCGAACCGUCACCUGUGAGCGCAUCUCUUCGGCAGGCGAGCACACGGUCGAGGACGAUGCGGUGUGCCUCAAGGAGGUGGGCAAUAAGCCCGCCACUGCCCAGGAGUGCAAUCGCGACGUCAAGAACUGCCCCAAGUACCAUCUGGGUCCCUGGACGCCCUGCGACCAGUUGUGCGGCGAGGGCAAGCAGACGCGCAAGGCCACCUGCUUCAUCAAGGAGAACGGCAGGAAGCGUGUCCUGCCCGACGAGGACUGUGUGGAGGAUAAGCCGGAGGUGGAGAAGAGCUGCCUGCUGACCCCCUGCGAGGGCGUCGACUGGAUCAUCUCCCAGUGGAGUGGCUGCACUGCCUGCGGCCAGAACACGGAGACGCGCACCGCCAUCUGCGGCUCCAGGGAUGGCAAGGAAUAUGCCGAGGAGUUCUGCCAGCCGGAGGUGCCCGCCCUGUCGCGACCCUGCAAGUCGCCCAAGUGCGAGGCCCAGUGGUUCGCAUCGGAGUGGAGCAAGUGCUCCGCUGCCUGCGGCAAGGGCGUUCAGUCGCGAAUCGUCAUCUGCGGCGAGUUCGAUGGCAAGAGCGUGACACCCGCGACCGACGACACCAAGUGCAAGAAGGAGACGAAACCGGAACUGGAGCAGGAGUGCGAGGGCGAGGAGAAGGAGUGCCCGGGCGAGUGGUUCACCGGACCCUGGGGCGAGUGCAGCAAGCCCUGCGGCGGCGGGGAGCGCACACGCGAGGUGCUGUGCCUGGCCAACGGCACCAAGGCCCUCAACUGCGACGAGUCCAAGCUGGAGUCCAUAUCGGAGAAGUGCAAUCCGGAGGCCUGCAGCGAGGAUGAAAUCCUGCCCCUGACGAGCACCGACAAGCCCAUCGAUGGGCAGGAUGAGGACGAGGACUGCGAUGAGGAGGACAUGGAACUGGUCACAGACAGUCUGCCGGACGAGCAGAAGAUCUCCGAUGGCGUCGAUCUCGACGACGAGGCCAAGACGGAGUCCACGCUCUUCACCGACGAACUGAUGCUCAGCGAUAGCCCCGACACGACCGCCUUCGAUGUGUCCGGCUCGACUGGCACCACGGUGGAGGGAUCGGGCGAGGACACGGACUCCACAACGGACAGCGGCAUUUCCACCGAAGGCAGCGGAGACGAUGACGAAACAUCCGAAUCAUCUUCCGAUGCAUCAACGGAUGUGUCCGGCUCCACGGACGCUUCGUCCAGCUCCAGUUCCAGCGAUUCCAGCGAUUCCACAACCGAUGCCCACGCAUCAUCAGUCUCCGAUUCCAGUGCUUCUACCGAUGAGUCCACUGACGUUUCUGGUGGCUCGACAGACACAUCGAGCGCCACUGAAUCGUCCAGCUCCGUGGAUACCUCCGCAGAUACUUCCACAGAUGCGUCAAGCUCCACGGAUGUUUCAGGCUCCACGGAUGCUUCCAGUUCUACGGAUGUUUCUGGCUCUACAGAUGCUUCCAGUUCUACGGAUGUUUCAGGCUCCACAGAUGCUUCCAGUUCUACGGAUGCUUCCAGCUCCACGGAUGUUUCAAGCUCCACGGAUGUUUCAGGCUCAACGGACGCUUCCAGCGAAUCUUCAGACUCCUCUGACAAGACAUCUGACACCAGCGAAUCGUCGACUGAGGCAGGCUCGUCCUCCACGUCGGACUCCACCGACACCACAACGGAAGGAUCCACCGAUUCCACCGGCGUUUCCAGCUCGACGGAGAGCAGUACCAGUGAUGGCACUUCCUCUUCGACGGACUCUUCUGUGUCGACUGAAUCCACUUCGGAAGAGACGACAGAAACCACACCCGAAACCUCGACAGACACCACUGAGUCCACACUGGACGCAUCUUCCACCACAGAUGCCUCCUCCACGAGUGACGCCUCAUCCAGCUCCACAAGUGACGCCUCAUCCAGCUCCACGGAUGCCUCCUCCAGCAGUGUUGCUUCCAGCGAGAGCUCAUCAGAUGCCAGCUCUUCGGACUCCACCGACACCACAACUUCGUCCGCCUCUUCCGCUUCGGACAGCACUGAAACGAGCGACUUGUCCAGCGACGGCUCAACGACAGAGAGCGGAAGCACUGUGGAAGGUUCCACAGAUGUCAGCUCCAGCGAUGGGUCCACCGAAUCACCCGAAUCCACCCUGUCCACGGAAUCCACGGAGGCAGCGAGCACGGACUCGACAGAAAGCACCGAGGCUGGAUCCAGCGAGGGCUCGACCACAGAGGGAAGCACGGUGGAGGAUGUGUCCGGUUCCACGGGCACAACAGAUGCCCCGGAAUCGACUGCCACAGACUCCUCCACUGAUUCAUCCACAGACGUCUCUGGAUCAACGGAAGCAACCGAAUCCACAGAAUCCACAGAAUCCACCGAAUCCACCGAUUCCUCGGCCUCUACUGAUGCCUCAGCGUCCACGGAAAGCGGAGGCACCACUGACGCGACGGACACCAGCGCAAGUGGUUCCACGGAGGAGAGCACUUCCGAGGGAUCCACGGAUAACACCACCGAGGGAUCGACCGACAGCAGCCAGUCCACGGAGCUGGGCAGCGGCACCAGCGACAUCUGGAGCUCCACCGACAACGAGGAGGAGUCGAGCACUCCCAACACCUGGGAGUCGGCCAUCACCACGGACAAGCCGCGCAAGUGCAAGCCCAAGAAGAAGGACUGCGUCAAGUCCAAGUACGGCUGCUGCCCGGACGGCAAGUCCACGCCCAAGGGACCCUUCGACGAGGGCUGUCCCAUUCCCAAGACCUGCGCAGACACCCAAUUCGGCUGCUGCCUGGACGGCGUGUCGCCGGCCGAGGGCAAGAACAAUAAGGGCUGCCCCAAGUCGCAGUGCGCGGAGACGCUCUUCGGGUGCUGCCCCGACAAGUUCAGCGCCGCCGAAGGCGAGGACAACGAGGGAUGCCCCGAGACGACGACCGUGCCACCCACCACCACCACGGAAGAGUCCCUGCCGGAGUCCACCACUGAGAUCGAGGGAUCUGGUGGCGAGUCCACUCAGGCGCCGGAUCUGGAGGGCAAGUCCUGCUCCUUUGCCGAGUUUGGCUGCUGUCCGGAUGCCCAGACGCCGGCCAAGGGCAAGAACUUCGAGGGCUGCGCCGAACCAGAGGCCGCCCAGGGAUGCGAUCGGUCCGAGCACGGCUGCUGUCCCGAUGGACGCACAGCUGCCACAGGGCCCGGGGGUGAGGGCUGCGCGGCCUGCACUCGCGAACAGUUCGGCUGCUGUCCCGACUCCGAGACGCCGGCCCAUGGACAGAACGGCGAGGGCUGCUGCCUGGACACGGCCUUCGGCUGCUGCCCCGACAACAUUCUGGCCGCCCGAGGACCCAACUUCGAGGGCUGCGACUGCCACUACACGCCGUACGGCUGCUGUGCGGACAAGCAGACAGCCGCUCGCGGCUACAACCACGAGGGCUGCGCCUGCGAGACCACGCCGCACGGCUGCUGUCCGGACAAGAUAUCGGCGGCCAAGGGACCCAAGUUCGAGGGCUGCCCCUGCGAGACGACGCAGUUCGGCUGCUGCCCCGACGGACUCACCUUUGCCAAGGGACCGCACCACCACGGCUGCCACUGCACCCAGACGGAGUUCAAGUGCUGCGAGGACGAGAAGACACCGGCCAAGGGGCCCAACUUCGAGGGCUGCACGUGCGUGGAGACCAAAUUUGGCUGCUGUCCGGACGGAGUCAGCACGGCCACGGACGACAAGUUCGGCGGCUGCGAGAAUGUGCAGGAGCCGCCGCAGAAGGCCUGCGCCCUGCCCAAGGAGACGGGCACCUGCGGCAACUUCAGCGUCAAGUACUACUUCGAUACCAACUACGGCGGCUGCGCACGGUUCUGGUACGGCGGCUGCGACGGCAAUGCCAACCGCUACGAGACCGAGGCGGAGUGCAAGGACACCUGCCAGGACUACACCGGCCAACAUGUGUGCCUGCUGCCCAAGAGCGUCGGCCCCUGCCAGGGCUUCACCAAGAAAUGGUACUUCGACACGGACCGCAACCGGUGCGAGGAGUUCCAGUACGGCGGCUGCUACGGCACCAACAAUCGCUUCGACAGCCUCGAGCAGUGCCAGGGCACCUGUGCAGUCAGCGAGAGCAUACCCACCUGCGAACAGCCUGUGGAGAGCGGACCUUGUGCUGGCAACUUUGAGCGCUGGUACUACGACAACCAGACGGACAUCUGUCGUCCGUUCACCUACGGCGGCUGCAAGGGCAACAAGAACAACUAUCCCACGGAGCACGCCUGCAGCUACAGCUGUCGCCAGCCGGGCGUACUCAAAGAGCAAUGCUCAUUACCUAAGCAAACUGGUGAUUGCAGCGAACGGCACGCCAGGUGGCACUUCUCGGAGAGCGAGAAGCGCUGCGUGCCCUUCUACUACACGGGUUGUGGUGGCAACAAGAACAGCUUCCCCUCAUUGGAGUCCUGCGCGGACCAUUGUCCCCGGCAAGUUGCCAAGGACAUCUGCGAGAUCCCAGCCGAGGUGGGACAGUGCGCGAACUAUGUCACCGCCUGGUACUACGACACCAAGGAGGCGAGCUGUCGCCAGUUCUACUACGGCGGCUGCGGCGGCAACGAGAAUCGCUUUGCCAGCGAGGAUGCCUGUCUGGCGCGUUGCGAGAAGAAGCCCGAACCCACAACACCAGCACCAGCACCAGGGCCAGGGCCAGCGCCCGCACCCAGCACCGUGGACGUGUGCCGCGAGCCAGCGAGCGUCGGCGACUGCGACCAGUACACCAUCAAGUGGCACUUUGACGGAGAGAGCGGCGCCUGUCGCCAGUUCUACUACGGCGGCUGUGCUGGCAAUGGCAAUCGCUUUGAGACCGAGGCCGACUGCCAGCAGCGCUGUGCCAGCCCCCAGGCUCCGCCACCGGAGACCAGACGACCUGCUCCGCCAGAGACUAGGGAGCCUGCUGCGCCAGCUGCUGUCCACCAGUGUGAUCAGCCAGCUGCCGUGGGCGACUGCGAUCAGUAUGUGCUCAAGUGGAACUUCAACGCGACUGCCGGACGCUGCCAACAGUUCUACUAUGGCGGCUGUGGCGGCAAUGAUAACCGCUUUGAGUCUGAGCAGGAUUGCUCGGAUCGCUGCUCGCCCCAGCCCCAGCCAGAGCCACAGCCAGAGCCAGAGCCAGAACCCGAGGAGCCACGCUCAGAGCCGGAUACGGCCAAGUGCUUCCUGCCCGCCGAGUCGGGCAAUUGCUACAACAACGAGACUCGUUGGUUCUACAACAGCCAGCAGGGACUCUGCGACGUGUUCGACUACUCGGGCUGCGGCGGCAACGCCAACAGCUACGCCAGCGAGGAGGAGUGCCAGAACGAGUGCAACGAUGCCCAGACCACCUGCUCGCUGCCGCCUGUGCGCGGACGCUGCGACGAGAUCUCUCGCCGCUGGUACUUUGACGAGCGCAGCGGCGCCUGUCACGAGUUCGAGUUUACGGGCUGCCGCGGCAAUCGCAAUAACUUUGUGUCCGAGCAGGAGUGUCUGGGCUAUUGCCGUGAUCCGGCACUGUCCGAGCCCCAACCACCAGCGCCGACCUAUUCCGUGUGCACUCAGGCACCGGAGGCCGGCGAGUGCGACAACCAUACGACGGCUUGGUUCUACGACAACGAGAAGAUGACCUGCACGGCCUUCUCCUACAGCGGCUGUGGCGGCAACGGCAACCGCUUCGAGACGCGCGACCAGUGCGAGCGGCAGUGCGGCGAGUUCAAGGGAGUGGACGUUUGCAAUGAGCCAGCCACGACGGGUCCCUGCACCCAGUGGCAGACCCGCUACUAUUUCAAUCGCGAUUCGCGCACCUGCGAGCCGUUCACCUACGGCGGAUGCGACGGAACUGGCAAUCGCUUCGACGGUCUGUACGAGUGUCAAACCGUUUGCAUUGCGGCACGCGAGCCGCAGACGUCAGUGGCCACGGCCAAAGAUAUUUGUCUGCUGCCGCUGGCAACCGGCCGCUGCAAUGGACCGGCGGUGCAGGAGCGUCGUUGGUAUUACGAUGAUGAGCGCGGCACCUGUGUGUCCUUCAUCUACGCGGGUUGCUCCGGCAAUCAGAACAACUUCCGUUCGUUUGAGGCAUGCACGAAUCUCUGCGGAAGGCCCAUUGAGAACGAGAUCGACAACGAGAUUGGACAGGGUCGCUGCGAGAGCUUCGAGAACGAGUGCCGCGAGCUGCGCUGUCCGUAUGGCGUCCGCAGAGAGGCCGACCGAUCCCAGCCGGAGUGCACCAAGUGCCUGUGCGAGAACCCAUGCGAGAGCUACGCCUGCCCCGAGGGCCAGCAGUGUGCCAUUGAGAUUGCCGAAACGGGCGAUCGUCAGUUUGCGCCUGUCUGCCGCGACAUCAACAAGCCCGGCCUCUGUCCCGGACUGGCGGCCAAUGCCAGCAACUGUGCUCAGGAGUGCUACACCGACGGGGACUGCCGUGGCGCGAACAAGUGCUGCAGCGAUGGCUGCGGCUAUCUCUGCGUGCAGCCAGCCCGCGCCACCCUGCGGCCCAGCACGCGUGCCCCCACGGUCGUCUAUCCGGGCGACAGCCGGGCCGUCCUGGAGCCCAAGCAGCCACAGGAACUGGACGUGCAGACCUCCAUCGGUGGCAUCGCGGUGCUGCGCUGCUUCGCCACGGGCAAUCCAGCGCCCAAUAUCACCUGGUCGCUCAAGAAUGUGGUGAUCGAUACGAACCAGGGACGCUAUGUCUUGACCUCGACCGGUGAUCUGACCAUCGUGCAAGUGCGCCAAACCGACGACGGCACGUACGUCUGUGUGGCCAGCAAUGGCCUGGGCGAGCCAGUGCGCCGUGAGGUUGCCCUGCAAGUGACAGUGAAUGCCCAGGCACUGGUGGCACUGGAUCCCAAGAACAGCUACUCCCCCGGCUCCACCAUUGCCAUUAGCUGCUCGGUGCAGGGCUAUCCGGAGCCAAAUGUGACCUGGACCAAGGACAAUAUACCGCUGUACAGCAACGAGCGCAUACAGAUAACAUCCCAGCCCCAUCGACUGGUUGUGAGCGAUGUGAGCGUCGACGAUACGGGCAUCUAUGGCUGCAAGGCUAGCAAUGCGUACAGCUACAGCAUCAGCCAGGAGACGGUUACCAUUCAAUCUGUCAUACCGGUGUCGCCCGAGUGCAUUGACAAUCCGUUCUUUGCCAACUGCAAGCUGAUCGUCAAGGGCAGGUACUGCAUCAACCAGUACUACGCCCAGUUCUGCUGUAGAUCCUGCACGCUGGCCGGCCAAAUUGCGCAGCCUCAUCCCAAUGCGCUGUAAUAAUUCCACGCAAAGCACACAAGAAGCGAAGAGAAGAGAAGCAGAAUUUUUGUUUGAAUUGAGUUUUAAGCACACACACACGACACACAGCACAAGCAAUAAUAAUAAGCCACCUCGGGGCACCUACCACCCGCCACGGGGCGACACCUUAAAAGCAAAAAGCAGAGAGACCAAAAAGCCAGCACACUCGUAUAUUGCC